AGGAUCCUCCUUUUGUGUUUUCGUAAGACACACCUCCGAGGGUUCCAGGUUCAUUUAUUUAAUGAAGUGUUGCUGCCCGUCCUUCAGAGACCAAGCUGCUCUGAGGACGGAGUCACAAAUCUGAUGUCAGUCAAAUCAAGGAAAUGUCUCGCAGAAAACCCAUGGAAAUAUGGAUUAUCCUCAUUUUAAUUGCUGGAUUCCUUUAUUUUUUGGGGGGGAAAUGGGAUUCUAAAAAGCAGCCCUCAUCUGGUCCCAAAACUUCACAGCAGUUCCUGGCUGACCUGCCUGCCUGCUUGGCCAUCUUGACUGGAAAUGUGGGCAGCCAAAACCCUGAACUGGACUUACUUUUAGUAUCCAGAGAAAGAAAAAGUCUUUUGUCUGAAGAGUUUUACCUGAAUGCAACAAAGGACUGUCCAGCUUUCAUUGCAAAGAGAGGUUUCAUCACAGAACCUCUUAGUGAGGAGGAAAAAAAAUUUCCCAUUGCAUAUUCAAUGGUGAUCCAUGAGAAGAUUGAGAUGUUUGAGCGACUCUUAAGAGCCAUCUAUGCUCCUCAGAACGUCUAUUGUGUACAUGUGGACCAGAAAUCCUCUCCGGAGUAUCAAACUGCAGUUAAGAGAAUUGUUUCCUGCUUUCCCAAUAUAUUCAUAGCCAGCAAGUUAGAAAGAGUUGUGUAUGCCUCAUGGUCCAGAGUGCAGGCAGAUUUGAACUGCAUGAAAGACCUCCUGAAUUCUGACGUUCCCUGGAAGUACCUGCUGAACACCUGUGGCACAGACUUCCCAAUCAAAACCAACAGAGAGAUGGUGUCUGCUCUGAAACUCCUCAAUGGCAGAAACAGCAUGGAAACUGAGGUUACCAAUGACUAUAAGAAAGGACGGUGGGAGUAUCACCACAACGUCACAGACACAUCUGUUAUCAGGACAGGGGUGAAGAAGAGCCCCCCACCAAUCAGCAGCCCCAUGUAUUCAGGUAAUGCCUACUUUAUAGUGUCGAGAGCGUUUGUGAAGCACCUGAUGAAGGACGAAGAAGCUCAGCGGUUGAUUGACUGGGAAAAGGACACAUACAGCCCCGAUGAACACCUGUGGGCGACUUUACAGAGGAUGCCACAAGUUCCUGGAUCUCUGCCUUUCAACAGCAAGUAUGAUACAUCAGACAUGCUGGCAUUUGCCCGAGCGGUGAAGUGGGUUUAUCAUACAGGAGAUGUGAGAAAAGGAGCCCCUUAUCCCCCAUGCACCGGGACCUACCGGCGAGCGGUGUGCGUUUAUGGAGUCGGGGACCUCCUGUGGCUUCUCCAGACACACCACCUCUUUGCCAACAAGUUUGAUCCAGAGGUGGAUGAUAUUGCCAUCAGAUGUAUGGAGUCAAUUCUUCGUUCUAAAGCUUUAGGUCACGACCCCAUGUCUAUCCUGGGAGAUUCAAACCACAUGUGAAUUUUGAAAUCAGUAAAAAUUAAAAUCAUUCUUCGUAUCUAUACUUUAUUUUAGCUUAUUCAUCUAUUUGUUUUUAUCUUGGCUGUGAUCUUUGGAGCAGCUGUUUUCUCACUCCACCCUGAUGCAAUAAAAAACAAAAGUCUUGAAAUGUAUAAACUAUAAUAUUUCUGUUUUGGUAAUGCUAAAAAUGUUGAGAUGUUUAUGAAUGGCAAUGUAACAUUUAAAAACCACAUAUUUGUAGUUUUGAGUUAUAUACUUUUGUUUUCCUCCUAUUGUGCUUAAAAUGAAGGCAUUUUGACCUUUUAAAAUAUCAGGCAUUAAAUGUGAUUACGCACAUUCAUUUGGUGGAUACAGCUUUUCAAUACAUUUUCAUUAAAAUUCUUUUUGUAUCUUAAAUUUUCAGUAAACGAAAUAAAAAUUCAAAACAGA